CUCUUUUUACAAUUUGCACAUUUGAUAACUUCCGCUAUUUUGAUGUCCCGAGGAUUGGGAAUUCUUUUUAUAUUUUUCGAAGUAGAUUUUGCUUUUCAAUGAGUGUUGUAUCUUCACUGCACAUUUAAGGCGAGGAAAUGUCUCUCAUUGACAAUACAGAGCAGGCGGUGGAGUAUGUGGAGCACCUGCAGGCGCGACUGUGGGACCAGGGGGACCACAGUCUGGAUGACGACAUGACCACGCUGUUAGCUAUGCUGGAGAGUCCUCUAUUUCGGCAGAUUCUUCACCUUCAAGAGUCACUGCAGGAGCUAAAACAAGUUGCCCAGACAUACCCAGUGACAGACGAAAACUUUGAGAUCACAUAUUCAGGCCAGUUAAUUCUGAACAUGCCACCAGAUGGCGUUCCAACCAAUCAGGCUUUAUCAGACAGUGCAACAGGCUUUUCCAGUGAGGAGAAUCUUGGAGCCAUUGCUACAACCCCGGGGUAUGAUGCUGAGUUCCAAAAGACCAUUGAGCGAGUGGCCAAGGGGAGGGAGAUUGAUACCAUUAAACUGUUUAAACCAGAGAAUACCAGCCUGGGGUUCAGUGUUGUGGGGCUAAAGGGAGAGAAUAAUGAGGAGACAGGGAUCUUUGUCCAGGACAUCCAGCCUGGAGGAAUAGCAGCAAGGGAUGGUCGUCUGCGAGAAAGAGACCAAAUUUUGGCCAUAGAUGGUCAGCCUUUAGACAUCUCUCAUCAGGAGGCUAUUCGGAUUCUACAGAGUGCUCGUGGCUUGGUGGUACUGAUAAUUGCCCGUGGUUACGUUCCACCACAGUUUGAUCCUCCCCAGCUUGUCAAUGCUGAACCUGUUCCGAGUUCGGUUCCAAAUGUUCAGCCAGAGGUUCACUCAGACAUGGUGUUAAACACUGAAUGGACUCAGAUUGAAGUCAUAGAUCUGGUAAAUGAUGGAUCAGGACUAGGAUUUGGGAUUUUUGGCGGACGCAGCACAGGGGUGAUUGUAAAGACAAUUUUACCGGGAGGCAUUGCUUGUAUUGAUGGACGGCUACACAGCGGUGACCACAUCUUACAAAUUGGGGAGGUGAACGUAAGGGGCAUGAGCUCGGAGCAGGUGGCCUCUGUCUUACGUCAGUCUGGCAGUGAAGUCCGUCUAAUUGUGGCUCGGCCGGUCAAUGAACCCUCUCCCUACCCCAUCCCCCACGCUCCAAUCGUUCCCACCCACCAGUUGGAUGAACACCUUCAGCAGAUCAAUGCCUUGUUACAUGGGGAACAUUUCAACCAGCAGAUGGCAGAGGAGUUAGCAGGGGGGAUGAUCCAAGUGCACAUGCCUGCUUACAAUGAUGUAGGACCUGACUACCCAGAGGUGGAAUACUUUGAUGUCACUCUGAUGAAGGACAGCCAAGGUCUUGGGAUUACGAUAGCAGGCUACGUGGGCAAAGACAAUGCUCCAGAUGAUCUGUGUGGAAUUUUUGUGAAGAGUGUGGCAGAAAACAGUGCCGCUGCAAACGAUGGAAGGAUUCAGGUCAAUGAUCAAAUCAUAAAGGUAGAUAAUCAGCAUCUUCAGGGAUUCACCAAUCACCAAGCAGUGGAAGUCCUGCGGAACACUGGACAGAUGGUCCACCUACAGUUGGCUCGAUUCCAACAUGGGCCCAAAUAUGAGAAACUCCAGCAAUACCUAGCCCAGCCUCCUUAUAAUCCACAAGGAAUGAUAAUUGCCCAACCCCCUUCCACCCAGAUGGAAGGCCCACUGAUGCCCCCAAUGGAUGGUCCAGCCACCAUUGUAUCCCCAAUGAUUGAGCAGCCCACCCAGGCCCGAAUGGUGAACCACAUCCAACAAAACGCUCCUAUGGAUCCACCCGGUCAACAAGUGGAGCUUCACGAUAUCACCCUGAGUACUGACGAUGACUAUUCGGGUGAUCUGUCUCCAGAUGUUGAAGAAGCCAUCAAAGCUUGCUGGGAACCAAUCGUUGGCAGCGAAUUUGAAGUUGUGGUGGCCCAGCUGUCUAAGUUUCGUGAAGGAGGAGGAUUGGGGAUCAGUUUGGAGGGGACGGUUGAUGUGGAGAAGGGGGUGGAGGUCCGCCCCCACCACUACAUCCGCUUUAUCCUCAGUGAUGGUCCGGUGGGCAUUAAUGGCCGUCUUAAGAGUGGUGAUGAACUGCUAGAGGUGAAUGGUAGAAGACUCCUGGGCCUGAAUCACAAGGAAGUGGUGGGAAUUCUUAAAGAGCUCCCUCAACAUGUUCGUCUUGUAUGUGCUCGCCAUAAAGAGACGGAAAAUUAUACUGACCAAGAUAAAUUAGAAAACAAUUAUCCUUCAUAUCUCCAAUCAAAUUACUCGGGAGUGAACGAGGUGUCUCCAAUAACAGAGAGACUUGUGAAAGCAAAGUCCGAAAACACUCUAGCUUCAACAGAUGACAGCGCCCUCCAGCAGCUAAUGAAGAACAAGUCACGAUCCUUGGAGGAACUUACCAACUUCAAAAUGUGGAGCAUUGAGCCGGUUGUGAUAGAACUGUGCAAAGGAGACAAGGGCCUGGGGUUCAGUAUACUGGACUACAAGGUACCAGUUCAAAAUUCAGAGUCAUUUUUACAGGUGCCAGUACAAAAUUAUGUGUCAUUUUCACAGGUACCAGUAGAAAAUUCAAAGCCUUUUUCACAGGCGCCAGUAGAAAAUUCAAAGCCAUUUUCACAGGACCCAGAAAACCUUAGCAAAACUGUGAUAGUAAUCAAGAGUUUGGUCCCAGGGGGUGUGGCACAAGUGGAUGGUCGUCUUCUUCCCGGGGAUCGACUUAUUUUUGUCAAUGAUGAAAUGCUAGAGAAUGCUAGCCUCGAUGAGGCAGUGGAUGCCUUAAAAGGAGCGCCCAAGGGAAUCGUACGAAUCGGCGUCAAAAAAGCUUUGCCCCUGGGGGGUAAUGAUGCUCUCCAGCAGGCCGAACUACAGCAUUCCACCCUUCCCUUCACCAGUGGGGGUUACCCAGAGUCCAGCUUCCUUCCUUCCCAUCCCUCCCAUCCUCAAUACGCCACAUCUCCUGACCACGUACAACGAAAGUUCACAGAACUAUACUCCUCCAGCGAGAAUGUGGCACACAGACAAAACGACAGCUUUUAUGAAAGUGAUGAGGAGAUCUCUUCUCCCAGAAAACAUAAGCCAAUCACUUCCCCUCGCAGGAGUCUUGACCGGCGUAAGAGGGAGUCCACAGGGUCUAAUGUUUCAUAUGAGAAUGCACAAGUGUUGCUGGACAUCAAAAACAGCAACAUUCAGAAGGAAACGGUGCAGAAAAAAUUCCCUGUUCCACAGCCUAGAUCUACAUCUGCUUUGCAUGACUAUGUUAACAACAUGUCCCCUGAAAAUCUGCUUAGUCUCACUCAGGAAAAAUUACCAGCAGACAGUAAAUCUCCCUUUGAAAGCCCCAGGUCGGAAUCUCCAGCUGAUUACGAGAAUACGACAUUUGCUCUGCCUACAUAUGAAGAGGCAACUUCAGGGGAUCUGCAACCUGACUUUUUUAACAUGAGUGACCUUGACCUCCCAGCUGAAGCACCACCUGUGCCUCCAAGAUCAGAGUCACAGGAAGAGCUAUUUAUAGAAACUGAGCAAAUCCUUAACCACACCCCUCCUGAUCAACUGUCUGAUUUUGAAGAGUCACCCAGGAGUGAAAAGGGAGGGUCAACCCCUAAAAGGACCCCUCCCCCAAUUCCUCCUAAGCCUAAAGUAGUGUCGCCAAAAGUACAACAGAUUGUUGUCAAGCCGGCCAAUAAGGACACACCCCCUCCCCCGCUACCUGUUUCCUCACCCCCCGCCCUGGAGGAAAAAAUCCAGCACAGAGAAGAGGAGCUUAGUAUCAAGAUAAUAAAUCCAAAACGAGUACGGACCAGGCACCUGAAGACAGAGAGUGUUGACAGUCAGCAGUCAUCCUCAUCAGAACAACCAAUCACAAGUGACCUUACAAACUCUCACUCACCAUCCAUUGUAAAUUCAGCCAAUCACAUCAUGUCUCCCUCUUUGUCACCGUUGUCCUCACCACGUCUAUCUCGAACGCUGUCAGGGGGAGCAGAAUUGCUUCCUGUGUCACUGGAAAAGGUCAUCAAAAUAAAAAAAUCCAGAGACCCAUUAGGUUUGACGGUAGAGGCUGUAGAAAAAGGUGCUAAUGGCUGUACAGUGAAGGCUCUUAAUCCUUCUGGUGCGGUCGGUAAGGAUGGAAGGAUACAGUUGGGUGAUUAUGUUGUGGCUGUCAACAAUGAGAGCAUGAGGAGGAUCACAAAUGCUCAGGCACGGGCCAUCAUCAGACGAGCCUCACUACAGGGACUGGAUAUGAGCGUGAGUUACAUUUCCAAAGAAGAUGCUGCUGCAUAUCAAGAAACUGCUGCCAAUCAGCCCCCUACACCCCCUCACCCCUCCAUGAUGCCCUCACCAAACUCCAACUUGUCCCCUCUGGUGUCACCCAGAGAAACAAAAGAAUCUUCCCCUGAGAGGUCCCCCAUGGAGAUUUCCCCAGCGGUACAGAAGGCGCCAGAGACCGUAUCCCCCAGGGUCAAGUCCCUGACUGCUGAUGGCUCCCCUGCCACUGGAAAUCAGACAUGGGGUCCGCCACGGACGGUCGAGCUGGAGAGGGAACCAAACAAGAGUCUUGGAAUCAGCAUUGUUGGAGGUAGAGUGGACAUGUUUAAUGUUCAGACAGAGCAGAUGAUCUCUGGAAUCUUUAUCAAGCAUGUCUUAGAGGACAGUCCAGCGGGCCGUAACGGAACUCUGAAGACCGGGGACCGAAUUUUGGAGGUGGAUGGGAAGGACUUGCGGAAUGCUGCUCAUGAUCAGGCUGUGGAUAUCAUUCGUCACGCCAAGUCUCCUGUCCGAUUUGUAGUGCAGAGUUUGUGUGAUCCAGCCUGUCCCAGAGAUUUAGAGCAUGAUACCAAAUCUGUCCAUUCUUAUGACGAAGCCUCUAUUGCAGCCGGCCAAACAUAUCAGACUGUAGACAUACCAGUGCUGGAGUCUGUGGCGAACUUGACCAAAGACGCUGACGAUAGUGAAGAUGAAGAUGAAUUUGGUUACACUAGAAAGAAAAUACAGAGACAGUAUGGGGAGCUGAAUGGUGACCUUCAGCUUGUGGAUUUGAACCGCGGCAAUGGCAGCCUGGGAAUCAACUUAGCUGGCAACAAAGACCGAAACACCAUGAGUGUGUUUGUUGCUGGGGUGCAACCCGAGAGUGUUGCUGGGAAGGAUGGCAGGAUCAAUGUUGGGGAUGAACUCCUUGAAGUUAAUGGUCAAGUUUUAUAUGGACGUAGCCAUCUCAAUGCCUCUUCCAUCAUUAAAAGCUUAUCCUGCAACAUGGUCAAGUUCGUCAUACUCAGGAGAAGCGACAAUUUGGAACAUAUGGCCGUCAAACCACAAAUCUUGACAGCUGCUGUUUCCAAUGAGGACGUGUCUCAUUCAGAAGAUCAAGAGAAAAAUGGCAGUCUGCACGCCUCAGAUGUCCAGCAAGUUGUUAUAUUAGAAAAGGGUACAUCAGGUUUAGGGUUUGCCAUUGUGGAGGAAGUGAGAGACAGUCAGCCAGGAAUCUGUAUCCGCAGCAUCACACCAGGGGGCGUUGCUGCUCAGAAUGGACAACUUAGUGUUGGGGACCAAAUUCUUGAAGUUGGGGAUAAACAAUUAAUAGGGGUCCAUUAUGAAAAGGCAAUAGAAAUUUUAAGAAACAUGCAAGGAACAAUCAAACUCAAAGUUCGAAAAAAUAUUACAAAGUUGUCACUUCCAACUGCCAAUCACCUGGAUCCUGAUCCAGGCACCAAAUCUGUCUUUCAACUGCAAUCUGCUCCAGGGGAAUCUUCCACAGACCCAAACCCUGAAGAAGUAGAGGAGGAGGAGCCUGCUGACCCCAAAACUUGUCCAGUCAUUCCAGGUCGGGAGACCGCCAUAGAGAUAGAGAAAGGUCGUACGGGUCUCGGGCUCAGUAUCGUAGGAGGGGCUGAUACUCUACUGGGGGCAAUCAUUGUCCAUGAAGUAUAUGAGGAAGGGGCAGCUGCGAGAGAUGGUAGACUGUGGGCCGGGGACCAGAUACUGGAGGUCAAUCACGAGGACCUGAAGGACGCCACACAUGAUUAUGCAAUCCAGGUUCUACGUCAGACACCAUCAACAGUUCAAAUCAAGGUGUUCCGUGACAAUGCUCAGUUGAAGGAGGAGGACAUUUAUGACUUUUUCUCCGUGGAGUUGAUGAAGAAACCUGGACGAGGGUUGGGCCUCAGCAUUGUCGGCAAGAGGAAUGAUGUAGGGGUAUACAUAUCAGACAUAGUAAAAGGUGGUACGGCGGAGUCAGAUGGGCGACUGAUGCAGGGAGACCAGAUUCUGGCCGUCAACAAGGAGGACAUGAGAAAUGCCACUCAGGAAUACGCAGCAGCUGUACUUAAAACUUUGAUGGGCAAGGUAUCGCUGACUGUGGGAAGGUUAAAGGCAGGUUCCCGUACAUCAUCGAGGAAAAAUUCCAACCCUGGCAGCGCAUUGAAAAAGUCGGAGUCAAAUGUUAGCAAUAAAUCAAAGGGAGGGAAACACUCCAAGGGUCAUAGUGAGGACAUGACACACAUUCGUGUGGUGGAGCUUGAGCAUGACAUCACUGGAUCACUUGGACUGAGUAUUGCGGGGGGCAUCGGAAGUUCUAUUGGGGAUACUGCUGUCAUCAUUGCCAACAUGACACCUGCUGGACCUGCAACCAAAUCUCAAAAACUGAAGAUUGGUGACAAGAUUCUGAGUAUUAAUGAUGUACAGUUAGAUGGUAUGUCACAUGAUGAGGUAGUUCAGUUACUGAAGAAACCAGGAAUCAUCAAACUCACAGUGUCACAUGGGGAAGAAACUCGAGUGAGUGUCAGUGGACACACAUCACGGCAGGUCAGCACGGACAUGUCACAAGAGUAUGCGGAACUGAUGGCACAGGAUAAUGUAUUCCAGGAAACCAUGGCUCCAGAUGAGGGGCCACCUCCUCAGUGCAAGACCCUCCAUCUGAACAAGGGACCAGAUGGGCUGGGAUUCUCCAUCGUGGGGGGACAUGGCAGUCCCCAUGGGGAUCUUCCAAUCUACGUCAAAAAUGUCUUCGCAAAAGGAGCUGCUGCUGAUGAGGGCAGCCUUAAGCGAGGGGACCAGAUUAUUUCCGUGAACGGACAGAGCCUGGAGGGCUGCACACAUGAUGAGGCAGUGUCAUUUCUCAAGAAUGCAAAAGGUGCUGUCACCAUGACAGUGUUGACAUCCUAGAAAAGACCCUGCUACAGAAAUUGACUACAGGGGAGAUUUCUAAUGUUCGAAAAUGGAUACUUUUUAUGCAAGAAAUUAGAUCUAGUACAAUUGAAAGUUAUUUUAUCUUAUAUUUCUAUACAAGAAACAGAAUAUAAGGUCAGAUUUUAUAAACUCUCUUUAUCUCUAUUUUGAUGUAUGAUUUCUUUUUAAUGUUCAUAAUGAUAUUAUUUUUAAUUUUUAUUUUCUAGGGAAUAUAUUUAAUGUUUUCCUUUGUGAUAUAGAAUUUAUAGCAUUGAUUAUUCGACAGAAACUUCAUAUUUGUCCCUUGAUAUUGAUAUUUUAUAACCAUUUAUGUAAGAGUAAUUGAUAGUUUGACAAAAUGGGAAUGGUGCAUGUAACAUAGAAACCAGAACAAUGCAUAUAGAUUUACAGGACAGGAAAGAUAACUCUGAUAUUGACAGGUAAUCCCCUUCAUCACGAGAUUUUAUAGGUUAAUGAUGUGCAAGUUUUCCAACUAACAUUGUGUUGGUAUUGUAUCCGGAUAUAUCUAAAACAAAGAAUAGUCAUGCAUGUAUACACAAAGCGAUAAAAUUUUCAUAUUGGUAGGUGGAUUCAAAAGUGCAUGCAUUAAUGUGAUGCAGAAAUUCUGUUUGAGAUUUGAAAUAUAAAACUUCUCAUUGAUCUAGAUUGUGAAAUAUUUUACAACACAUAGCAUAUGGAUGUAACAAGAUGAAUGAUGAGAAAUUGGGAUUUUAUAUUUGCAAAUUUGUAACAUCACAUAUACAGUAAUGUAUGUGUAAUUCCUAAUUGAUUUUUAAUUAGUUCAUUUGUGAAUUAUUGUCGUCUGUUCAAAGAAGCCAUUUCAACAAAUCAAUUUAUUACAUUUUUAAAUGAAAUUAAAAUCAUAUAUUGGUGUUGUUGCCAAAUAUUCUGCACAUUCAGUGACAGAACUGCACGUUCUUUGAUGAUAAAUUCUUUACCAUCUUUGCUAUCAAUUUGUUUAUUCAUGUUCUAACAUGCAUUGAUUUUGAAUUUGUAUGUUUAAUCAUAUUAUAAAUGCAUGUUUCAUCAAACCAGCACAAUGUCAAGAGUGCUUAAUUUGUCACAUGAUUAUCACAUGUAAAUUCUGUCCUUAAUUUGUUGAUCAGUUGUUAUUUCUUUGGUCUGGAAAUAAAACUUUAAAGAAAG